AUGCUUAACAUAUUCUUUUUUAUUGCACUUUUUCUAUCAACGGUUUUAGCAGUACCAUCUCUUUUUGAGAGCAAACGCAACUCUAUUGCACCCUUAAUCUCUUUUUCGGACGCCAAAGUCAUUCCUGAUCAAUUUAUUGUGAAACUAAAAGAUGAUGUUUCCAAAGACAAAAUUACCACUUUAAGCGAUGACUAUCCUGGAAUCACACACACUUACGAAAUGCCCGGUUUUAAAGGAUUUGCUGGCAAAUUCUCGGAACAAGUGCUAAAAGAAAUCAGGCAAAGGGAUGAUGUAGCAUUUGUUGAAACAGAUCAACAAAUGCAAACAUCGGCGGUAGUAGUCCAACCCGGUGAACCAUGGGGUCUGGCACGCAUAUCUCAUCGUGCGCAUAUUUUAAAUUUUGUCACUUACAGUCAAUAUGCGUACAACCCAAUCGCUGGCGAGAAUACCACUGUGUACGUACUCGACACUGGCAUCAACAUCAAGCAUACAGACUUUGGUGGUCGCGCUAGGUGGGGUAUCACCAUUCCAGCUGGUGAACCCAAUAAGGACAACAACGGACACGGAACCCACGUUGCUGGUACAAUUGCUGGUUUCCAGUUUGGAGUUGCCAAGAGAACUAAAGUCGUUGCUGUCAAGGUUUUUCCGGCAAACGGAGUCGGUCCUAAUAGCGAUGUGAUCAAGGGCAUAGAAUGGGCUGUGAAUGACCACAAAAAGACUGUCGCCAACGCCAAAAAAAAAGGAUUGAUAUUUAAAGGUUCGGUUAUUAAUAUGAGUUUGGGCGGUAACAAGAGUAUUGCUUUGGACACUGCUACCAAUGCGGCCGUGGAUGCUGGCGUCCCCGUGGUUGUAGCUGCAGGCAACGGCAUCACUGAUGCUUGUCAAAAAUCACCCUCAGGAGCGGAAAAAGCGAUUGCUGCUGGUUCCACAACUCAAGAAGAUUCGCGCUCUUGGUUCUCCAAUUUCGGCUGUUGCGUUGAUAUUUGGGCCCCGGGUAGCUUUAUUACAUCUGCUUGGAUUGGUUCUAAGACUGCCACAAUGACACUCUCUGGUACUUCCCAGUCGAGCGCUCACGUAUCGGGUCUUGCAGCUUAUUUCCUCGCGUUGAGCGCAAAGCCAUUGACUCCGCACCAACUGCGUCAUAAACUGAUUUCGGUUGCUACACGAAAUCUCCUCACUGAUAUCAGAGCGUGCAGUCCAAAUCGUUUGGCAUACAAUGAUAUCGGGUUCUAA